UCCAGCUCACAAAAGCAUGCCUGCUGCUCUUUUAUUCUCCCUGAGGCUGGGCACCGUGUGGAUCACGACAGCUGAUCAGCUCUGGAACGUCCCAGAAGCGUGCCAGCGGCCUCCGCUGUUUAUUUAACGGGCUUGUGGCUCCGCGAGGGGCCCCCUGGAGCCGGCUUUGCCCGCGCUCGCCGGCGGAGGAGCCAUGUACCGGCGCAGCUACGUCUUCCAGACCCGCCAGGAGCGGUACGAGCGGGCCGAGGAGGAGGCGCCGGGCCGCCUGGCCUCGGACCCAGCCGCCGCGCCCAACCUGGCGGCGCUGCAGGGCCUCGGCGAGCGCGUGGCCGCCCAGGUCCAGCGGGCUCGCGCGCUCGAGCAGCGCCACGGCGUCCUCCGGCGGCAGCUGGAUGCCUUUCAGCGCCUGGGCGAGCUGGCCGGCCCCGAGGACGCCCUCCUCCGCCAGGUGGAAGGCAAUCGCCAGCGCGCCCGGGACCUGGCGGCUGAGCGCGCCGGGCUGGAGCGCCGGGGCGCAGAGGCGCAGCGCGCGCUCGACGAGUACCGGAGCAAGUAUGAGAAUGAAUGCGAAUGUCAAGUGCUGCUAAAAGAAACGCUUCAGCAGCUUAACAAGGAAGCUGAUGAAGCCUUACUGCGUAAUCUGCACCUUCAGAUUGAGGCCCAAUUUCUGCAGGACGAUAUCAGUGCAGCAAAGGACAGGUACAAAAAGAAUCUUCUGGAAAUUCAGACCUACACCAGCCUCCUGCAGCAGAUCAUCCAAACCACCCCUCAAGCAGCCGCCAUUACAGAUGGGACGAGGGAGGAGAAGCUCCUGAUGGAACGAGAGGCGACAGCCCUUCAGAGUCAGCUGGAGGAGGGCCGGGAGGUCCUGUCUCUCCUGCAGGCACAGAGAGCUGAGCUGCAGGCCCAGACAGCGACCCUGGAACAAGGUAUUAAAGACGCCCACGAGUGUUAUGAUGACGAGAUUCAGCUUUAUAGUGAACAGAUUGAAACCCUGCGGAAGGAGAUUGAAGAGACUGAGAGGAGCCUGGAGAAGUCUUCCUAUGACUGCCGGCAGCUGGUGGUCGCCCAGCAAGCCCUGAAGAACGAGCUGCACCGCUAUCAUCGGAUCAUUGAGAACGAAGGCAGCAGGCUGAGCUCCACCCUCUUUGAAGUGCCUGUCACUCUAUUCCCCACUGGCCAUGGAGCCUCUCUCAGCCCUCGACCCAGCAGGAAAGAUUUUGCCAGAGCUGUGCAGGAUAUAACAACAGCAAAACCAAGACAAAAAGGCCUCCCUAAGACCAUUCCAAGGAAAAAGGAGAUUAUAGCUAAAGACAGAGGAGAUGAAAAUUUGGAAGACACACCACUGAAAGGCCCGGAAGACACAAAGGUGGUACAGGUGGUAGUUAAAGAAGAAGGGGAAUCUAAGCUUGAGUCGGGGGGUGAGGAAGCUAGUCCCCCAACCCUAGAAGGAGGUCCAGAGGACAUGCCUGAUGGAGGGCAGAUAAGCAAAGCCUUUGGAAAACUCUGCAAGAUGGUCAAGGAGAAAGUGAGAAGCCCCGAGGAGCCUGAGCCCCCAGUUGACCUCUACCCCAAAGGGCGGUACGUGCUGGUCUCCGGGGAUGCCAGUUACGUGGACCCUGGGUUCUGUUCUGUGUCUAUCCCAGCCAGGGGUGGAGUGGUUGUUUCCACUGAGGACGGCUCUCUGCAUCUGGAUCGUGCUAUGGAGCCCUCUCCUGAGCAGCCCCCACCCCCUCGGGAGAAUGAACGGGGGUAUCCGCAGGUGAGGGAAGGUGAACACCCACCCAGCCAGCAUACUGCAGGCAAGGAGGAUGAGGGAGACACCGAAGAACUGAAAGGUCCGGGGGAGAGGCAGGAUGGCCAGAAGGAGGAUGAAGGCCCCAAGAGGCCCUGUCUCGUGGUCACACCUGGUCCACAGGGACCGGCUGCACCCCCGCCCCAAAGGCCUGGGGCCAGUCAGGGUGGAGCUGAGGGGCAGGGGGAGAGGAGUGGCAGCCUGAAGGAGAGGAGCUCUCCCCGGGCUUUGGCUUAUGAGAGGGUAGAAGUGAUGGAAUCCAUGGAGAAGUUUUCAGCUGAGAGCAUUCAGACGUAUGAAGAAACCGCUGUUAUUGUGGAGACUGUGAUUGGAAAGACAAAGGCAAACAAGAAGAAACUGGGAGACAAGGGCUCUCACAACCUCUAGGCUCUGGAGGAAUGCCCUGGGGCCACUGUCAGGCUGUGCUUUGAUGGGUAGAACAAAUGAUAAAGAGUAGGGGUUCCUGUUUGGAUUAGACCUUAGUUGGCCUGUCUGGCAUUGCCAAGGAAGCCUAAUUAAAAAGGUUUGUUUUGCUUGCACCUUGUUUGUCUAAUUAACAGGGGCCUUGGGAAUGUAGGUUCCUCAGCCACACGGAGGACACACUCUAUUAAAUGGCCACCAAACCGUGGUUGUUUAGGAGAGAGACAUGCCCUUCGUAGUGGUGCUUUGAGACCGGUAGAGUGUCCAGAUUUCACACAGGAAAUGCUGGUUGAUGGCCUUGGCUCAUUUCCAUUGCAUUUCAAGCACAAGCACAAGCUCACAUGGAGGAGUGUUUUGUUAGAUAAAAUGAUUAAAGGUAUCUGCCUUAGUUUGGGUUCCCCCAGAAGCUGAUCCCAAAGCAAGGCUCUAAAUGUAGUUUCUUUCU